GAGGAGGAACGUCACUGAUUUAAUCCCUUAGACCGAGCCUGAGAUCAUCCAUCGUUGUUUGUAUAAUGUGCCCAACCCCUCCUUUAGUCAGCGGCGCUGGCUGGAAUACCUGCCGGUCUCCACACGUCACCAGGCUCUGGUUAUAAAGCACAGGCUAUAACCCAUCUCCCCAGCUCCAUUGGCACAUCUCCGAGAGGCGCAUCUUCAAGAAGCAAGCCAUUCACGGGGGAAAAGAUGUUUUAUUCGGGUAUCCUGACAGAGCCGACAAGAAAAGAAGUAGAGAUAAGGGAAGCGGCAUCUCUCCGCCAGCAGAGGAGGAUGAAGCAGGCGGUUCAGUUUAUUCACAAGGAUUCUGCCGAUCUCCUCCCUCUGGAUGGGCUGAAGAAGCUGGGGACUUCAAAAGAUACUCAACCACAUAACAUCCUGCAGAAGCGCCUGAUGGAGACAAAUUUAUCAAAAUUACGAAGCAGCCGAGGCACCUGGACUCCGAAGAGUGAUAUCUCAGUGCAGACUAACAAGCUGAAUCAAACCAAACUGAGCAGCUCAGGGAAAACAGAGGAUGAGGAGCUCAUAGUGGUGAGCUGCCAGUGUGAGGGGAAGGAGCUGAAGGCUGUGGUGGACACCGGCUCACAGCACAACCGCAUCUCAUCUGCCUGCCUGGACAGGCUAGGGUUAAAGGAGCAUCUUAAAGCACUGCCCAGUGAAGAUGAGAUGGUUUCAUUGCCAUACAAGGUGAAGGUGAUCGGCCAAAUCGAGAGCCUCUCCCUCACGGUGGGAGCAGUCCCUGUGGAGUGCGCUGCCCUCGUCGUGGAAGACAGUGAGAAAUCCUUCUCCUUUGGGCUGCAGACACUGAAAUCUCUGAAGUGUGUCAUAAACAUGGAGAAGCACCAUCUCGUUCUGGGGAAGAUGGACAGGGAAGAAAUCCCAUUCGUGUGCAGUGGCACUGCUGUGGAGGGAGAGCAUUCAGAGGCAUAAACAGGAAUUGAAACACCAUCCCCACACAAGAGCUUGACAUCAAAGAAACCCUGUGCAGCUGUUCCAGAUAAAACAGCAGCGCGCUGCUUUGAAAACACUUAUACUAGGCUACGGCUUGAGUAGAGAUAAAUGAAAUCCCAUUCAGUAGCCAGUAAUUUAGAGAUACUGUCAUGUUUAUCUAUGGAUUUUGAGAAACAAUUGUGUGCUUACUUUCUGGAUUUUUCUAUAUAGUGUCCUUUUUAUUACAAACAGUUGGAAAAAAAAACUUACAAAUUUCUUCUGAUGAGAAAAAUACUUUUUAUAGUGGCCUCGUAAGAGUAAUUGUAUUUAGCUGUGAUUAGAGGCUAUCAGAAUGAGAUUUUUAUUAAUGAUUUUUCCAGGGGCUAAGCAUUUAUAUUGACUUAAUUGAUAUUGCCACAUUCAAAUGACCAUUACCAGUAAGAUGCUCAGAGUAAAAUAACAGUGCUAAUAUGACCUAGGAAUUAUAGCUCAUCCUGUUAGCAUAGUAUCGUUGCCAUGCAAUUAGGGAUGCGACUGCUGGCUUGAUGAGAAAGAGCAAUUACAGAAUAAUUCAUGAAUUACAGGCUUCUCUGCAGUGGCGCGGCAGAAGCACAGAAACAGGGUUUGGGGGGGGCUCCUAGGGUGAUCUCUCUCUGCCUCCAGCUUGCCAUGGAGCUAGCACCAGCACAAGGGCAGCCCGUGGCAGCCCUGCCUCAAGGAGGGGUCCUCCAGGCAGGUCUUGGCUGUCCUUCUAGUAGGAUUAGUCUGGAAAAUUAAUCAUUGUGUUGAGCCAAAAAGCGACAAACAAGCACAGAAGUAUGUUGUCCAGAAAGCAGCAGAUACAGAGCCUCAUUGGUAUAUCACGAACCAAAUGGCCCCACUGUGCCCUCAGUUCUCUCCUGUGACUAAAAUUGGUGGUGCCACCACCUACCCGCUCAGCACCCAGCCUGAAGCACCAGCAGCACCCAGGCCACAUGCUGGUGCGGGUUAUUGACUCCAGCUGGACUUUAAUGUUGCUGCCAGAAACACAGUAUAUUUUAUAUCUAUGUGCAAACUUUCUGGGAUUUUGAGAACAGCAGUCACCUUGGUCACCCUCAGGGCAGGCAGGAGUUUUCACUUCGACAAACAUUUCAUUCUGUGUUUCUGUCUUGUAGCAGUAGGGUUGCUGCUUCAUGUGCUGCUCACUUGCAGGGCAGAACAAAUAUAUGGUACUGCCUGGGGGAGCUUAACCUCAUACAAAAGCAACUUUCUAGGUUUUUAAAAGCUAAUGGGAAUUAAUUAGUGUCAUCUGCUGAAGAGGCAUCUCUAAAAUUCAGAAUAAUCUCCUUGUGAUAUUUGGCAUCUGCUGAUGGGCAGCCCUCCAGCUGCAGGAGCCACAAGGGCCAGCAAGAUGUGUGCCAUAGGAGCAGGAGCACUGCCCUGGCAGAUCUUGCUUAGCAAAAGCCCUUUGGCCGCAGGCGGGCACAGGCUGCGUGCAGCUCAGCUGGGCUGUGCAUUCUCCUAUGGGGAUUCAAGCAGCCGCUCAUGCGCUUACACCUCCCCACAGAUAUUAAUGCACCGCUUGCCCAGGCACCCUGCAGUGCUCUAGCAUCCGCCACAAUCAUUGACGAUGUUGGUAUUCCCACUUAGGAAAUGUCUUGGAAGUCCUGUGUGAGGACCAGUAGCUCUUGUCAUCUCACGGUCAUAGGCUGAGGUCCACAGCCUGUCCUGCAAGCCAGACUCUGGCCAGUGUUAGCCAGUCUGUGUCCAGUAACUCCAUCUCAUGCCUGCCAUGGCAUCUAAGCUGGAGCUCUGCCUCCUGCAGUCGGUUUGAACCUCUUUUCAAUAUUGGGUAUGACUGGCCAAUCUGAACUAUCUGUAUUUUGAGCUAUUUUCUAUUUUGGUGGUAAGUUUCAGUGCUUUCUCUACAUACAGUAUUUUAUAUAACACAGCUCUAUAUACAUAUUAUAUAUUUACAGGGUUGGGCUGCUCAGGGCAGUCCCGCUAGAGUGCUGUAGAAAUAUUUAACUACAUAUGAAGAUAUUUGUUUAUUUUAUAUGCUAUGAGUUUGGUAUUUUGGUACUUCUUUCUUUCUGUUCUUAUUCCUGUGCUAAAUGUCAAAUUAAAUCUAAAUAAAGUUAAAUUGUUAUUGCUGUUUA